GGAGUUCAGCCCCCAUCGGUGAAGUCGCAGUUCAGGGGUCACGGCCAGCGGACCGAGAAGAAGAGAAAAGGAGGGAGGUCACUUUUUUUUUUUUUACCUCUUGAUUUUAAUUUUUUUUUUUUUUUGGUGCGAAAGUUUGAAUGAGUUCUGGUUGGACUGAGGGGACCCGGUGUAGACGAUAAGCUGAAGGAAUGAGCACUGUGCCAGUCGUUUCCCUCCUCUGGUUUUGGGGACGCCAGCAGAGCCCCGGUGUGGUGUCCCGUCUCCAUGAGGAGGGAGCCCGUCUCUGAUUUCACAUUUUUGACGCCAUUGCUUCCUUCCCUUCUACCUGAAACACCCAAUUUUUUUUACAUUGGUAAAAUAUAUUUGAAUAAUUUUUAUUCAAAGUCAAUCAUCGCUUUUUUAUUUAGAUAUUUAUUGUGCCAGAAAAAAAGAUCUUCUCUUUUAAAGGAACUGGCUCUGAUUUCCGUUUUUAUUGGGAGCUCACGGUCUGUUAGUAAAGUGUCCCUCUGAAACGGGGGCGUCCGGUAGAUUUUUUUUAUUUUUCGGACCCCUCAUAUCGUGACUUUCAGGGGCCUCCAGCCCUACUUUUGAGAUGGAGAUUCACUGUAAACACGACCCGUUUGCUGCCAUGCACAGACAUGGCGGAGUGAACCAGCUCGGAGGUGUGUUUGUGAACGGCAGGCCCCUCCCAGAUGUUGUGCGACAGCGAAUAGUAGAACUCGCCCACCAAGGAGUUCGACCCUGCGACAUCUCACGGCAGCUGCGAGUCAGCCACGGAUGUGUCAGCAAGAUACUGGGCAGGUACUAUGAAACGGGCAGUAUCCGCCCCGGGGUAAUCGGGGGAUCCAAACCAAAGGUUGCUACUCCCAAAGUGGUCGACAAGAUCGCCGAUUACAAACGCCAAAACCCCACCAUGUUUGCCUGGGAGAUCCGGGACCGGCUCCUCGCCGAGAGAGUGUGCGACAACGACAGCGUCCCCAGUGUCAGCUCCAUCAACAGGAUCAUUCGGACAAAGGUUCAGCAGCCGGGCCAAACUGGCUCAGUGUCGGCUCACAACUUAGCGACAUCGGUGGCUGCCACACAAGUGUCAGGAGUGACCAGCGACUCAGCCGGCUCGUCGUACUCCAUCAGCGGCAUUCUGGGAAUCAGCUCGGCUGCCGACGUGGGCAAGAGGAAGAGGGACGACGGUUUGCAGGAAUCACCGCUGGCCAACGGGCACGGCCACAGUGGGCGGGACUUCCUCAGGAAGCAGAUGAGAGGGGAGCUGUUCUCGCCGCAGCAGAUCGAGACGUCGGACUAUUCAGCCAUGGCCUCGCUCGCCGGUGGACUGGAUGAGAUGAAGAACAGUUUGGCCAAUCCCGGUUCGGGGGCGGAGUUAGGAGCCAGCGUGUCCGGUCCACAGUCCUAUUCACUCGUUCCAGGUCGAGACCUAGCCAGCACCACUCUACCAGGCUACCCUCCACAUGUUCCUCCUACUGGACAGGGCAGCUACUCCACCCCCUCCCUCACUGGCAUGGUACCUGGGGGAGAUUUUUCCGGAAGUCCUUAUUCCCAUCCCCAGUACUCCACGUACAAUGAAUCGUGGAGAUUUCCAAACCCCAGUUUAUUAGUGUUUCAGCAGGAUUAUGGGUCUCUCCUGGGGACGGAAAUCGGCUGCUCCUCCAGUCUCUUCACCAGCCAGGCGGGACAGAUGCAAGGGUCACCGUACUACUACGGAGCAACAUCACGGGGCGCGGGCCCUGCUGCCACUGCAACAGCCUCCGCCUACGACCGCCACUGACCCCUCCUACAGAGAGAAGAGGAGGAUGAGGAGAGGGAUACGAGGGAGGGAGGGAGGGAGGGAGGGAUGGAUAGCACCAGCUUCGCUCAGUCAAAAAAACAAAACUGCCUGCUUAAGUGCAAAAUGAGGAUGAAGAUUUCAAUUAUAUGACGUCAGUAAAGUUCACAUUUUCUUUAUAUGACACUCAAACCAACACUUAACUAGGCAUGGCAGAGACAAAUAACGGAUGAUAAGAAGAAAAGUUCACCCUCCCACAAUGCAACAAGGCAUGUUAUCCCCAUUUUCUUUUGAACCAAUCAUCCACUAAUCCAAGAAGUCAGCAGAGCAGUGACAGAAACUGUAUUGUGAUUUUCUGGGUAAAACGAAGUGUUUUCAGUUAUUUGUGAUUAAAUUCUUUGAGCUGAUUCAAAAAAAAAAAAAAAAAAAAAAAGGAACACUCAUUCAAGCAGUCUUUUUAUGCCCCCCCCCCCCCCCCCCCCCACAUCAAUCAAUCAAUUUUCUAUGCCAUGCUGAGGUGAAGUAAAGACAAUCCAAUUUUCAUAACUCUUAAUGACCAAAAUCCUCCACAUCAUUGUCAUUCUAGUCUCUUUGAUUUUGAUUUCACACUUUUACCCUGAUAUCACAAUGCUUCAUACUUUGGGAGUGUUCAGUUCAACCACUGACCGUUUGCUGAGCGUCCUUUAGCUUAAUGAUGCUAGGCCUGUCAAGCUUACCUACCUUACACGGCGCCACAGUGAUUACUGAUUACUGUGGCAGAUUUACAAUCCAAACUGUAAUCAUGUUCGAAACCUUUAAUCCAUGAUUUCAGACAAGACGAUGACAUAGACAGCCUCUUAAUUUCUUGGUGGUACCAACUUACAUGUUGACUGAAGUAUCAUUAAUCUGUGGUAAUUUUAUCACCGUCGGCUAGCUAGCAAAUUAGGCUAACCUGGCUUAAAUACAUAUCCACGUUCUUAAAGAGUCUGUUUACAUUCAUACAGAAGAACAGCAUUAGGGCUAACAAAUCCUCGCUGCUUUGAUAGACAUGCUAAUAUUUGUAGCUUACCUUAAACCAAAUCCACUAAUGGAAAUGUGCGCUGCAGUUUGCCCUAUCUUGCUGAUAGUUUGAUGAGCACAAACCAGGACAUCCAUCCACUGUGUGUGUGUGUGUGUGUGUGUGUGUGUGUGUGUGUGUGUGUGAGUGUGAGAUUUACAACAUGUAUUUUUACAUGAACAGUAGCCUUAUUCCAUAGACUGUAUAAAACAUGGAUGUACUGACGUCACCUCCUGGUAGCUUCAGUCUAUAAAUAUUACACACACAAAAAGCACCCCCCUCUGAGUUACAUGAACUUUUCAGACCAAAAUCAUUUUUUGAAGCAGGCUGUAAACAUUUUUAUUUCUGCUGUCAAAAACAUGUAUUUCAACAUGUUAGUGAGCGUGACGUCCAGAGGUCUGCAGCCCGGCCUCAGGUGCUCACAGUAGCAACCAUAGUUUGUCGCACUUCUGCGCUAGCUCCAAUUUUUAACUCCAGAUGUUUGCAGCUCGGCUGAUUUUUUUUUUAUAUGUCCGGCCUCUUGUGUCUCCCACAUCUUUUCCUAAAACACAAGUGCACAAGCCUUUUCUAAAUCUGGUCCAUAUCUUAGUUUUUGCGCUUCUGUUUCCAAAGAAAGGCGACAACAUAAGACAUCACUCGACAUGAUGUAUGAAAGCUUGACAGGCCUGCAGCGCUCACUUACUGUCGCUAAAACUGUAAAUCAUUGUCAUUGUUUUGGGAUGUGCUGAAGCAAAUGGUAAAUUUCAGUGGUUGUUGAAGUACCGCAAUGUGUUUCCCCCCCGUUUUGAAUCCUUUAUUCUCACUUGUUCACUUCCAUUUGAAGUGAUUUAAAACGCUCUGGACUGACGGACAUGCCUUUCAGUGACGCACAGCCAUGAAUCCGGGCUCCCCGCUGUUCAAAACAAAACGGCAACCAAGUUCACAUCAGACCAAACGUAAAAUCCAACAGGGAGUGUUUUUGUACAUGAAGGUGCUAUCCUCCCUCCCCCGGCCAAGACUUAAGUCGUGAUCAAGAGCUAUUUAUGGUGGAGGAGACAGAGUAAUAUAUUAAGAAGCUUUUCCGCGCUGCACUCCGGUGUGAGAGUGAAUGCCUGUAAUGAUUUAUAAUAUGUGUCACGCUGUUGUGCUAGAGUAGUGAUGAUGAUGAUGACGAUGCAGUGAAAAAUGAAAUCUUAAAAACUGUCAAUAUGGAAAGAAGUCCUUGUUUAUGAAUAUGAGGCGACUGCGAUUUUCCUCUUUAUGGUUUGUCGCCUGGUUUCAGUCGACACGGGUGCCACUGAGUAAAACGCCAUUUUUUUCCUGCUUCCUGUUAUAAAAAAAAAAAAAGAAGAGUCAGGACACGGUGGCACCCUCUCUUUUCUCGCUCUCUCUCUCGCUCUCUUUCUAUUUCUCUCUUUAAACUCCCCAAAGAUGGGCCCCCCCUAGUGGAUCGGCUGACUUACUACAAAAGCACAAAGAGACUCAAUCAUCAUUUAAAAGGCGCCAUAUUCGUUUUUUUGACUUCCUUUCAGAACCAUCAAGUACUUUUUUCUUCUUCUUCUUCUUCUUCUUCUUCUUUUAUCCUUUUGAGUGCUUGUCCUUGUGCUGUUUGACAUCCUGAAACUAUUUCUAUAAAAGCAUUGCUUUCAUGAAAACACACAAACAAGUGAAACGGUUUGUUUUUUUGUUGUUGUUCGUCUCCUGCAUAAGUUCUGCGCUGUGACAAUGUAUGACACCGGGGUCGAGGCCUUACCCAUCCAUGUACAGACAGCGUGGGACAGAUUUGCCCUCGAGCACUGAUCUGGAAUCAGCGUGUUAUCCUCUCUCAGAUGUUCCCACAGUGUUGAUCUUGCGAGGGGGCAAUAUCUUCCUAAACCUGUACAUAGCUUCCUGUCUCACUUCUGUCCAUACCAGAUUUGUACAAUAAUCAGUGAACGAGAAGAGUAUUCACAAUGUCGAUAGAAAAAAAAUCACAUUUGAAUUUAGAAUCUAGUGAUGAAGCUUUCUUUACCAUAAAAAGACGAAGAGGUGUGUGGUGUUGUUUUAGCCAUCGUCUGCAAGUGUUUACACAUUUUCUGUCCCUUCCUUUGUUUUUUGGGGUGUGUGUGUGGCUGACUGUAGCGCAUCACUGCUACUGUGUAGUUUUUACUUAGACGCCCCGGUUGGAGGCAUCGAAAUCUGCAGCGUGAGACUUUAAAAUAUAGUUCUAUAAACACAAAACCUAUAAACACAGAACAGAGCUGUUAGUUUUUUUUUCAAUCUUUGUUGUUUCUGGGUUUUUGAAGUAGUGAUGAAGUGGAUCCUUUUACAUUUGUAGACUUUAAAAAAAAAAAAAAAAAAGUUGUGUGCACACAACCCUAAAGAAGAUUCUUCUGACGGCUCGCCUGCUGUGCUGCCAGCGCGCUCCGCAGCAGGAGCCUUUUCCUUAUUUCUGUCUUUCUCUCUUUGAUCUUUCUGAGGCAUUAUUGAACCUGAACCACACCAGCUGAAAACAAGGACAGUGCCUUUAGUUUUAUAUAUGUCAACACCCCCGACUGACCGCGGAUCAUUCAAACGUAUUCAGCGCCCCUCCCGUGCAACUCUCAAAACUUAACUUUGUCUAUCAUGCAUACACAGGGCUUUAGAUGAUAUGAAGUCUAAAACAAGUUACUUCAAUGCCAAUUCUAAAUUAUGAUUUACAUACUUUACCAACAGAAACAAUGCGGCUCUGAAAGCAGGACAUAUACUUGAUCAAAGCGCCCAAUUCUCAAACCACCGCCACUCAGCUGGAUGUUUCCCAGAACUCGUCAGCCACAGACUUAUACUUCUAAUUUAGUAUUUUGAUUGUGUUGAAAUCCCACUUGAGUGAAAAUCCUUCAGCAAUCUCCUCAUACGCAUACAAUAAACAAACGCCUGGUGACAAAAAACAAAC